AUGGAUAGGCCAGGGGAAACACACUUGAAUGAUUUGUCGCAAGGUGAUUCCAUUAUCCCACAUCAACUGUGCUCUUGUUAUGGCCAUUCUAAUGUUUCAGGGGGAGUUCCAAAGCAUAGCAUGAUCCAGAAAGAAACUUGGGCUUGUUGGUUGGGGAGAAAUGGGAAGAUAGGAUGGAAUGCAGGAGAUUAUGGGCACAGUCUGUUGCACUAUCAGGUGAUUAUGGAGAUGACAAGGACCAUGGUGAAUGGUUCCUUUACAAUGGAAGCCGAACUCAUCGCCGUCUCGUGUAAGAUUCCAUUUUCAGAAUAG